AGACGCUGUACGAGAUUUGAGAAAGUUUUUUUUUAUGAUCUGUGCAUUCAUCGCGAUGUCGAUGUGGCGAUACGAUGGCAUCUGAAACGACAGAGCAGCCUAGCUCGCCUCGACCGAGCUUGUCUCUCUCAAAUCUAUCGGAAGAUUCAGAGGACGUAGUCUUGGUGCGCGUCGACGGAGGAGCUGUUCUGAUGGCGACUCCGGUAUCAGAUGGAGAAAGCUUGCAUGUGGGCACCAAUUUGGACACAUUUCCUGAGGAAUCGUCUGGUUCCCACUCUCCUUCGGAGUCGCCCAAAACCGAGGGAGAGGCCACUGCUGCCGAAGCCACCAUGCCAGCUGAAUGGGAUGGAGAAGCGACGGGGCGCAUGACCGACGAACUCGAGGCCGAGUUCGAGGCUUUCCUGAAAGCUCAGUCAGAUGGUGGUGCUACGGAGAGCGCGACUCUGGAGAUGGAUGAAGCUGCGCUGUACCAGAUGGAAGUCACGGUGACGGAACCGAUCAAGCAAGGCGAAGGCAUGUCUUCCUAUCUAACCUACCAUAUCACAACUAAGACCAAUUUGCCUCAGUUUCGCAGCUCUGAAGUGUCAGUUCGUCGCAAGUACAGCGAGUUCCAAUCGCUGCAGUCUCGUCUAGUCAAUACCUACCUGAAGAAAGGCUGUCUGCUGCCACAGCUGCCCGAGUCUAACACCAUAGUUUCAACCGUGGGCAGUGCUGUGGGCAUGACGCGUAGUCGAGCCAUCCAGCCGCAAGCCCAGUCAAGUACAUCGUGUGCAGCGAUGGACUUAGUCGAACGGAGGCGUGCUGCCUUGCAGAGGUAUCUCAAUCGUGUAGCUUCUCAUCCGCUCUUGCGUCUCGACUCUGACUUCCAUGAGUUUCUACAGGCCAAUCAUGAGAUUGAGAAACCUGUUGGCGUUUCCGUGAUGAGCACCGAAGGUGUCACGAAACUGUUCAAGGGUGUCACCAACGCCAUUGCCAAGAUCACAGCGAGGAUGUCCGAGUCGGACGACUGGUUUGAUGAUAAGCACAAACAGUAUGAUGCUCUCAGCAAAAAUCUUAAAUCUCUUCACACGGCUCUCGAGGGUCUGGCUGCAGAUCGCAAAGACUUAGCCAACACAUCGUCAGCACUGAGCAGGGGUGUGGACAUUCUCAGCGGCUGUGAGACCAAUGUGGAAUUCUCCGAAGCUCUGGCGCAGUUCGCCACAGUUCAUGAGAACAUCCAGCAAAUACGCUUGAAGCAGGUGGAUACUGAUUUCUUCAUCAUGAGUGAAAUGAUCAAGGACCACCUGACCAUGCAGACGUCCAUCCGAGCGUGCUUCCAACAGCGUAUCCUAGCCUUCCAGUCCUGGCAGAGCAGUCAGACAAGCCUGCUGAAGAAACGCGACGAGGAGACGCGACUCCUAGUGGCCAAGACACUGAAGCGAGAGAAGGUGGACUAUUGUCGCGAGGAAAUCUCACGGUGGGAGAAGCGUGUGGAGGAAGGGCAGAAGGAGUUUGAGUCAAUAUCCAAGACAAUCCAGGAGGAGAUCAAGCUGUAUGAGACUGAACGUUUGAAGGAGUUCAGGGCUGGAUUGAUACAAUAUUUAGAAAAGCUUAUGCGCCACCAGCAACAAAUGAACAAGCACUGGGAGGAAAUGCUGACCAUUGCCAAGGCAACUUCGACUUCUUCAGUGGCGCCGUUGACUGAGACCUGAGUGCGCUCACUAGUCUCGAUAGCGUAUGUUCAUGACAAACAUCAACUCUGCGCGACAAACAUCAUGUGAUGUGACCAUGUGACCUGAUCAUGUGACCGUGUGAUAUGGACCUGGUGCAUUAUCGGUGGUGUCCUGCGAUUUUGCUGUCGGUGUGCGUGCGCGUAUGCGUGUGUAGCUACAUUGCACAUGUGACCGGGAAAAUUCUAGAAAAUUCCUCUGCGCAAUCUGGAUAGAACACGCCCGCAGUGCUACUACUGUCGUGUGUAGCAUGGGCAUCCCCCAUACUCUUCUUUUCCGCUGUGUAUCUGACUUGAUACAUGUCAAGCGGAGUGGUCGGCUGGCCGAAAUGGCUGUCAGACAUGAUCCUAACCCGUUGUCAUCAUGCCCAUUUCAUUUGAAAUUUGAAUCUAUUCUCUAUCGUUCUAUUUUCGUUGCGCCGUUGCUUGGCACCGAAGCUGCUCGAUCGCUGCGCGUGGCGAGAGGUUUUUGGUCAAUGGGUAUAUUACUAAGCACUUCGUCCCCUAUUCAUCCAAUUUGCGUUGGAAUAACCUACUCCAUGUUGCCCGUUCACGCUGAGAGCAAUUUGUUACGCGUUUUGCCCAACUCCCCCCCCCCCCCCCUAGUUCUGUUUUCUGAUUUAUUAUAUUUUCUGUAUUUUCACUUCAUUUUCAGUAUUUUCAUUUCCACUGAACUUGUAUUCUUCUUCUACUCUUCUGAUUCUGGAUUUUUGACUUCUGCUGUCAAUAGAACGCAACCGUCCUUGUUCCUAUUUCCUAGCCCUUUAUCUACGUUCACUGUUUCCGUAUUUUCUUCGGACUAUUCUGUGAUGAGUUGGCACUUGCAGCCUACUCAGCUGCGCCUCAUCCAGUUUUUGUAGGCCAUGCCAUUUCGAUAGAGCAGUUUGUCUAGUCUUGAUGUGAAUAGCCACAACGAACCAAUCUGCAAUCUCAAUCUAUCUGGCUCUUG